AUGAUCCGGCUCGCGGCCCCGUGGUUGGGUCGGGGGGCGGCCUCGCGGGUUUUGUCCACUUUGUCCAACCAGAAGGAUCUUCCGGGCAUCUCUGGCAUUGUUGCUGACGAAGCGGAUGCAGCUUCCCUCCCAGCAACGUGCCCUGGCGGGAUCUCCAGCAACCCCAUCCUACGAAAAUGCAACCUUGCUGUCCCCAGGCACCUCGAACCUGUCCAGGCCUGGGUGGAGUCACUGAAACAUUACGACGCCAGAUUCGAAGGUCUGACUGAUCUGCACCCGGACGUCUUUGCCGUAAUGCCCCGCAUCGAUAUCUUGCACACGGUAGCUAUUUGGCAGAAGAACUUCAAAAGAAUUAGCUAUGCCAGGACCAAGACGCGAGCAGAAGUGCGGGGCGGCGGCAAGAAACCCUGGCCGCAGAAGGGGACCGGACGGGCCCGGCAUGGAAGCAUCCGCUCGCCGUUAUGGCGUGGGGGUGGCGUGGCGCAUGGCCCCCGUGGCCCCACAAGCUACUACUACAUGCUCCCCAUGAAGAUGCGUGUCAUGGGCCUCAAAGUGGCGCUGACGACCAAGCUGAUGCAGGAUAACCUGCACAUCGUCGACUCCCUAGAGAUACCAACUUCGGACCCCCAGUAUCUGACCGACCUGGCCCGUUACAGGCGCUGGGGGGAAUCGGUUCUGAUUGUGGAUGUCAGUGAGAUACCAGAGGACAUCAAGUCAGCGGCGAGUAGUCUCAAAACGAUCACGGUCAUUCCGGCAAUAGGCCUCAACGUGCACAGCAUGCUGAAGUACCAGACGCUGGUGCUAACCCUGGAUACCGUCUCCUUCCUGGAGGAGAAGCUGCUGUGGCAAGACAUGCGAUACCGCCAGCUGUACCCUUUCCGGCUGCCCUAUAGUGAUUUCCCGUAG